AUGGGUUGGCCCACGCGUUGCGAUUUAUCCAGCGCGGAUGCCCAGUAUGCCUACUGCGCUAAUGGGCCAGUGGCUGUCUUCUUCUCUGUCCUGUUUGGAUUGACCUGGAUCGCACAUCUGGUCCAGGCCGUGAUGUACCGGAAAAAGUUCUGCUGGGUCAUGGUCGUGGGCACAUUAUGGGAAUGCAUCGGGUUGGUGAUGCGAACCUAUUCCACAAUCGACCAGACCCAAGCCAACACGGCUUCGGCGGGCCAAUUGUUGGUCCUGUUGGCUCCGCUGUGGGUGAAUGCCUUUGUGUAUAUGAUCUUCGGUCGCAUGGUGUACUAUUACCUGCCGGAGAAACGAGUGUUUGGCAUUCGCGCGGAGUCACUGGCGAAAGUCUUUAUCUGGCUUGAUGUGAGCUCCUUCAUCGUUCAAGCGACGGGCGGUAUUAUGGACUCCGACUUCAGUCCCGAGAUGAACAAGAUCGGUCUUCAUAUCUAUACGGCAGGAAUCGCGGUGCAGCAGCUCUUCAUCGUGAUAUUUUGUGCGCUGAUCUACGCUUUUCAUCGGCGAAUGCGCGAGGGAGCCGGAGACUACUCGCGUGGUCCGCACUGGCACACUUUGGUGAUUGCGAUGUAUGGGACGUUGGCCUGCAUUACAAUUCGAAUCGUUUACCGUCUCAUUGAAUUUGCCAACACCGACACCGCUGGUAAGAGUCCCCUGACGGUGCACGAGGCCCCCUUCUACUGCCUGGAGUGCGUCCCGAUGUUCGCGGCAAUGAUUAUUUGGAACAUCUGGCAUCCCGGCCGCUACCUCCAGGGCGAGGAGAGCGAGUUCCCCAAAAAGAUCAAGGUCUCACGCAAGGAUAAGAAGCGUCAAAAGCAAGAGGCGAAAGACCUGAAGCGCCAGGGCCGGAAGCGCUCGUCGAGUCGGAGGGGCAAGCGGGACUCUGAGUACCACCUGACAUCUGCCGAUGAAGGGACGUACGAGGACGCCUAUCCCAUGCAUGGUCGCCAACGAUAG